AUGCCGGUACAAUUGAAUCAUAUCAUAAUUUUUAACUUUAAAUCUUUUAGAGGAGAAGUAAUUAUUGGCCCCGUUAAGCCAUUUACAGCAAUUAUAGGCGCAAAUGGGUCUGGAAAAUCAAAUAUUAUGGAUGCAAUUAGUUUUGUAAUGGGUGAAAAAGCUAGGAAUUUGCGUGUUAAACAAUUUACUGAACUUAUUUAUGGUGCCCCUGGAGGAGUUCCCAUAGAACACAGAGCAUAUGUAACAGCUGUUUUUGUUCUUGAAGACAAGAGUUUUAAAUCUUUUACAAGAAGUAUAUGUCAUAAUUCUUGUGAAUAUAAAAUUGAUGAUCAGGUAGUUAUAGCUCAGUUAUAUAUAUCUGAACUGAAAAAACUCAAUCUGAAUAUAAAUGCCAAAAAUUUUUUAAUAUUUCAAGGAGCUAUUGACUCCAUAACAACAAAGACACCAAAAGAAUAUACUCAUAUGUUUGAAGAAAUUAGUAAUUCAAUUGAAUUAAAAGAAGAAUAUGAAAGGUUGAAAAAUGAAGUCAUUCAAGCAGAAAAUGAAAUUCAAUAUUUAUACAAAAUAAAAAAAGAUCUUCUUAGAAAAAAGAGGUAUUCCUUGUCAGAAAAGAAAGAAGCAGACAAAUAUGAACAACUUCAUGAUCAAUUUGAUAUAAUCCAAGAUGUUCAAGAUUUACAAAUUACACUGAGAGCUAUAGAAUUGAAAGCAAUUGAAUAUGAAAAUGACAAAAAUUCUGCAAGCAAUUUACUAAGAGAGCAAAAAAAUCAAUUACAACUUGCACUUGACACUAUGGAAAAUAUCGGACAAAUUGUCACAGAAGUAGAAAAUGAUUUAGGAAAGAAAGAAGCAAAUUUAAUACAAGUUAAAGAAAAAGUUACAUAUUGGGAACAAAAAAUCAAUGCCACUAAGUUAAUACUACUGGAGGCACAAAAAUCGAAUAAAUCUCAUGUAGAAACAAUACAAGAAUUGGAAAAUGAAUUAAGGCAAAUAGAGCAUGCAAAAUUUAUGUUCGAAGAAAAUAUGUCAACUCAAUUGUUAUCUCGUGGCAGCAGUUUUGAACUCAACGACAUACAAGUAAAAGAAUAUUUUUCCUUAAAACAAGUAGCUGAAGUACAAUGUUUGGAAAACGUCCAGGCAUGUAAUUCUCUUAAACGUGAGCAAAGCAUAAAUCAAAACAAAUUGGAUAAUGAAAACAGGAAAAGAUACAAGUUGGAACCUGCGUUACAGCAAAAAAUUAUUUUAAAAGAUGAAACAGAGAAACGUAUUAGAAAUAUUCAACAAUUGAUGAAUGAAACUCAAAAUACGUUAAUUGAUAAAACGAGUAUAAAAUGUAAUUUAGAAAGCAUGAUUAUUAAGAGAAGAGAGGAUGUGGAAUCCAUUCAACAAGAAUUACAAUGCGUAUCUGAUCAACUUGAAUCUGUAAAAAUAAAUAAAUCUACAACUUUGCGUUUAAAGAAAGGGGCGGAAACAAUCAAAAUUUUACAAAGCCUUUUUUCUGGUGUGUAUGGCCGUUUGUACAACCUAUGUAAACCAGUUCACCCUCGAUAUGACGUUGCUAUGACAAAAGUAUUGGGAAAAUACUGUAAUUCUAUCAUUGUAUCUACAAACCAAGUAGCACUAGAGUGUAUCAAUUACUUAAAGAGACAACAAAUUGGAACGGAAAUAUUUUUACCAGUGGAAAGUUUGAAAGUAGAAUCAAUAAAAGAAAAACUACGGAAAAUUGAAAAUCCCCAAAAUGUAAAACUUCUAUAUGAUGUACUUCGGUUUGAACCUGCUGAAAUUAAUAAUGCUAUUCUAUUUGUGACAAAAAAUACUCUUGUUUGUGAAACAUCAGAAGAUGCAAGAAUACUUGCAUAUGAAAUCGAUCCACGUCGUAAUAACAACUGUGUUGCAUUAGAUGGAACUUAUUAUACAAAAAGUGGAAUAAUUUCUGGGGGACAAGUUGAAUUAUUAGAAAAAGCAAAAAUAUGGAAUGAACAAAAUUUGGUUCAAUUAAAAUCAAAAAAGACAAUGUUAAUGGCGGAAUUAAGGGAUAAAACCAAAACUUCUCAAAAUGAAUUUGAAGCAAAGACAUUGGAUGUACAAAUUCAGGGUCUCACAAGUAGAUUGAAUUAUUGUAAACUUGAUUUAAACGAUGCUGCAAGUGAAAAUAAAAUAAUUACUCUUAGAAAUGAAAUAGAAGAUAUUCAAAACAAACUACGAAUAGUUGAUAAUAAUAUAACAUCAAUUAAGAACAUCAUGGCGGAGAAAAAUCAAGAUAUUCAAAAUAUAGAAGAAUCUAUUAAAAAUAUUGAAGAUAUGAUUUUUAAAGAAUUUUGUAACAAAGUUGGUAUAAGAAAUAUACGUCAAUAUGAACAAGAGAACCUAAAAUUUCAUCAGGAACAAACAAAAAAGAAAUUGGAAUUAGAAGAGCAAUAUAGUCGUAUACAGAAUCUAUUGGAUUUUGAAAGAAGUCGAAAUACGGAAAGUUUAGUUACUAAGACAGAACAAAAUUUGGUAACAGCUAAGAGAGAGUUAGAAAAAGUUCGUCGAACUGAAGCUUUACACAGAGACAUGAGUAACCAUGGAUUAAACAAAUUGAAUAAUUUACGAACUAUGCAUAAUAAAAUCAAACUUAACGUUAAUGAACGGACAGAAAAACUCAAAGAAUGUAGGCGUAAUAUUAGUACCAUUGCAAAAUUAAUUAUUAAUACUGAAAAAGAGCUUAUAAUGGUUACAACUAGUAUUAAAAGAAAAAAAGCAAAAUGCCAUACCCUUCUGCUCAAUUCCAAGGUAGAAGAUAUUAAUAUUCCAUUACUUUCGGGACAAAUUACAAAUAGUAUCGACACUAGUGAUUCAACACCAAAGACUGAAGAAAGACACGAUGUAGAUUUCCUUUUACAUAUAGAUUUCAAACUGAAAAAUCAAAUGGAACUUGUAAAAGAUCCAAAUUUUAAGGCUAAUAAAGAAAUUGAAUUCACAAUAGAGAAAUUAUCAAAUGCAAAUUUUGAAUAUCAAGACGCACGUAAGAAACUGAAAAUAAUUAAAAGACAGUUUGAAUUAGUGAAACAAGAAAGAUACGAAAGAUUUACGACUAGUUUAGAGCAUAUUACUACAAACUUAGAUUCCAUUAUUAAGUGUUUAGUAAAGGACAAGUCAGCACAAGCUAUUCUUUUCUCGGAUAACUCUGAGGAACCAUAUCUAGGUGAAAUAAAUUAUAGUUGCGUAAUGCCAGGGAAACGAUUUCAAUCAUUUUCAAAUCUCUCAGGUGGAGAGAAAACGCUUGCUACAAUAGCUUUCUUAUUCGCGAUUCAUAGUUUUAGACCGGCGCCAUUUUUUAUAUUGGAUGAAAUCGAUGCAGCUUUGGAUAAUAUAAAUAUAAAAAAUGUUAUACGUUUGAUAUACUCCAAAAUGAAUCAAAUGCAAUUUAUCAUAAUAACCUUGAAAGAGGAGAUGUAUUCAUGUGCUGAUGCUCUAAUUGGAGUUUGUAGUGACAACAAUGGGGAAUAUCCAGAAAGUUCAGUAUUUACACUUUCACUAAAAGAAUAUAUGCUCAAAAUAUAA